AAUAAAAAAUCUAAAAUUUGUUUAAAAUAUUUCAUCUUACGUUUUUAAUUUUCAUAUAUUACAGCGUAUUAUGUAUUAUUAAACUAAAACUUCAAUGAUGAAUGAUUGAUCUCGCUCUGCAAAACUAAUUCAUUAUAUACAUUUUAACUUUAGGAUAUGUCUAUUCAAGGAAAUUUUAAUUUCAGUUUAUAUCAAUAACUUCUAAUAAACUAAAUAAAUCAAAAAUAUGAUUCAUGUAUCAGAAGCUAUAAUUAUGGGAGAUACCUGUAAACAAAUAUCUAGACCACAUUUACCAACAGUUAAAGAUACAGUUCAAAUUUUAAGUAAGCCAAUUAAAAAACCAUCAAUUCCUACAGUAAAUGAAACUAUUCUGCUUAAUGAACAAAGUACACUUUCAAAAAACACUAAAUCUAUAGAAACAAAAUUAUUCAUUGAAAAAAAGAAAAAAGAAAGAACAGAAAAAUAUAAAUCAGAUUUAUUAGAAAAAAAAAAAUUGGCAGAAGAACGAAAAAAAAAAUUAGAUCAGUUACAAAAAACUACAAAAGAACUUGCUAAAGCUUCUGUCAAGCAAAAAAUGGAUCAAACAAAGUCACCUCCACCAUCUAAAGUUAAAAGUCUUAAAAAACCAUCGGAAUGUCUUAAAAAUGAACAAAAAAAUUUAAUAAAAGAUUUUAAAAUUACAGAUGAAUAUAACAAUAAUACAAAAGAUGUGGAUCAAACAUGGUUGCCUCCACCACCUAAAGCUAAAUAUCGUAAAAAACCAUCAGAAGCAUUCAGAAAUGUACAAAAAAAGUCAAUAAAAGAUUUUAAAAUUACAGAUGAAUGUUCAAAUGAUACAAAAGAUGUUAUAAAUGCAUGUACAUCUUCAAAAAAAGCAAGUAAUAUUUCAACAACAGAAUUAAUUGAACAAAAACCUCAAAAACGUGAAGUUACCAAACCUGAAAAUUUAUUUUCUAAUUUAAAAUUUAAUGAUGAUUAUCAAUUAUUUGAUAUUUCAAUGUCUAAACUAAUUGACACUAAUACUUCUUUCGUUCAAAAAGAUAAUAAUGAUGUGACAUUUUCAAAUGAAUCAUGCCAUGACAAUGAAAAACAAUCAGGCGAUAAUGCUUAUUUAGAUAAAGAGACAUUGACUAUGGCUGAUAUUAAUAUGAGUACAAAACCUUCGGACAUUGUAAAUAAUAGUACUAAAUUACAUACAGGCUUACAGUUGCCUAUUAAAUCACAUGAGGAAAUUAUGAAAAGUAUUGACCAUUUAGAAGAGCUUCAAGAAUUAUUGUUUGAUCAGUGUUUGCCAGUUAAAAAGUGUAAUUCAGAAUCCACUCAAACUAAGAGUCAUGAUAAAAUAUUAUCAAUUUUGACUUCAAAAUCUCCUCCACCUCCGUUGAAUUUUAUUUCAGUAUUAAAAUGUAAACUUAAUUUACAACAACCAGAAAACAAUAAUUUAAAAUUUUAUGAACCUGCUGUUGAUUUAAAUAUAAAUGAAUGUACUAAUGAAAAUAAUCUUGAUUCUACUAAAUUUAACAAACAGGAUGUAUAUGUUUACGAUGAAGAAACAAAUUUACCUAAUAUCAACCAUAUUGAACCAAAAAAUUGUUUAGAUAGCUAUAAACCUUCAUUAAUUGAUGAACCAAUUAAACCAAAAUCUAAUAACUCAUUUUUGAUUGAAAUGAGUAAAAAUAAUAACCAUGAAGAAAAAGUAAAUGCAAUAAAUAAUGACAAACUAUUUACUAAGCUGAAUAUAAUAACUAAUGAAGAUAUUAAACAAGUUUUAAAAAAACUUAAUUACGACUUUGAUUUGUUGACAAAAAACAAUUGUUCUAAUUAUUCAAAUAAUUUACAUAAUACUUCCAUAAGUUUAAAACUUAAUGAAAAUAAUACAAAUAAUAGAUUAUCCAAUACUUUUCCUGAAAUCCAUGAUGAAUUCCAAGCAGAACUGAAUACUCUCGACCAAUUAAAUAACUCUUUAUGUGAUAUUGAAAGAAUGAGUUGCGACACAUCAAUAAAAACGAAUGAACAAUCUAUUGAACUGAAUGAUGACACUAAUUUUAAUGAUAAUGAUAUUCCUACACCAUUUUCCAAACUAAAUGCUCUAUCAUCUAAUAUGAUGGGCGUAGAUAAAACAAUAACUGGCUUUUCUAUUCAAAUGUUUGAACAAUUAAUGAAGGAUGAAAAACUUAGGGCAAAACAACACCAUACUAUACUUAAUUUAAGAGAAAAAUCUUUAACUAAUCGUUUGAAGUGGGAAGUUACUAUGUAUGACCUUCAAGUGAAAAAUUUCAAAAACAGACCAGGUUAUGAAAAACAGUUUCAGUUGUUCAAACAAAAACAAAGAGGUACUGUAAAAAAGUUGGAACACUCCUUGUCACAAGUAAAACGACUCGGUAGAGUAAUUGAUUCAGUAUAUAAGCAACGUUUUAUAAUGCUUGAAGAACAUAUACAACAUUUAAGAAACCAAUCUUCAUCUAAAAAAGUUAUGCGUAAAUUAAAAAGCUUAGAUCAAUUUCCAAAGAAAGAAGAACAUGGUUGUCGAUCAAUUAAUUCUCAUAUUUUUAAGCAAUUUGAUAAGUCUGACUUUUUUGAUAGUAUUGAUAGUGAACAUGAUAUCAUUAAUCCAGAUGAAUCAAAAAACAAUACUUUUCCAACAAAGUUUAAAAUGGAUAAAUCUAUAAUUAUAUUAAGAAAUCAAGCAACUUCUCCUAUUAGUGUUGAAACAAAUACUUUAAAUCAAGUUCAAAAUGUCGAAGUUCAAACAGAUGUUAAAUAUUCUUCACAGUCCAUCAUUGAUAAAGCUAUACAAACCUCUAAAACAAAAUGUAACUAUACCAAUAACGUAAAUAUACAAUCAUUUAAUCCUGUUGAUUUAUCUUAUAAAACUGAAGUAUUUGAUGCAAAUAAAACCAAGGAUAAAAGAUCAUUGUCUCCAAUUUUACCAACAAGUCCUGUUAAAUUGAAACAUCUUUCAGAAACAUCAAAUAGUACAAAUUCAGAACAGAGUGACCUGGAUACACGGAUAAUAACUUUACAAGAACAACUUGAAGCUAAAAAGUUAGAAUCUUCUAGACUAAAAAAAGAACAAAAAAAACUUAGAUUAGAAAAUCUUAAAGCUAAAGAACAAGAUCUUUUAAAACAGAUAAAUUUAUACGACAAGAAAAUUGAAGAAUCAAGAAAGAGUUUGAUAGUUGAAAUUAAAAAAAAAAAUUUACACGAAUCUAAAUCUUCAAUAAUAAACCAUUCUUUUUUAACAAAUUCUAAUUUUUCUGUUCUUCAAAAUAUAAUUAAUUAUGAAAAUGAUUAUGAUCAACAUAUGAAUGAAUCAGAUAAAAUAACAUGGACAGAUGGAAAGAAGUAUUUCUAUCCAACUGCAACUGAUACGGCAUGUGAUCAGAAUAUAUCUCUAAAUAAACCAGUAAAUGAAUUACAAAAAAAAAAUGUUAAUAAAUCAAAAGAAAAUUACAAUAUGUAUAAAAAUAAUUUUGAUUCAGUAAAUAUUGAUAGUUGUAAACCCACAGAACAAUCAUUUCAAUCUUUAGAAUCAAAUGCAGUUUGUGAAGAUAUACAGUUACAUAGAAAACAUACUGAAAAAGAAAUAAAUGAUUCAAAAAAAUGUCAUGAAAUUGAAAUUGAUGGAAACAUUCUUUUAAAACCCCAACUACCGAAUACUUUAAAUAUUCAAGCAUCAAAUAAUCUUAAAUUAAAUUUAAAGGAAGAAACACAUCCAUGUAAAAUAACUGACAAUGAUAUAAAUUUAGAUACUCCCUUAUGUAGGCAUUCUUUUUCAAACCAAAUCAUUUCAGAAAUUUCUAAUAACCAAGAACCAUGUCUAAAAACAGAUGAUAAUAAGUCACUAAUUACACAUGACAAUAUUAACUGCUCCAAUACAGCGAGUCCAUCUGAUAGAAGCGUUAAUCAAAGUAAACUCUUAGUUAAUUUAAUGAAAAAUGAUACUAAUGUUUGUGAAAAGCAGGAAAACAGUAUCAGUCAAUUUGAAGUACCUAAUUAUAAAAUUGGAUUAGAUGAUAUUUAUAGUUCAGAUUUUACAUCAGAUGAUUAUACAUCAAACUUUCAAGGAUCAUAUCAAUUUAAUAAAAAUGAUAAUAUUAUAGAAUUAAAUGACAGUGAACAAAGUAAUGAAACUUCUUAUGAAGAAGAAAGAAGUGAAGGAGAAAUAAUAUUUGAGGAUAAAACAUUUAUAGAACAGUAUUCAGAUGAUCAUAAUGAUUUUGUUCAAAUGAAGAAUUCUACUGAUGACAAAGUACAUGCUAUUACUAAUAAUAUUUUUAACUGUCUUCUAAAAGAUACAAAAAAAUCACUAAAUUCUAAUAUGAAUAAAUCGUUAUUUCGUUCGGAAAUAAAGGAUCUUAAUAAUUUAACUGAAGAAACUCCAUUAUUAUUGAUCUUAAAACGUGAAGAAGAAAAUCAAAACCGGAUUAUUCUCUCUGAGCAAGCAACAGUUAUUUCAAAUGUACUUUUUAAGCAACAUUUCCAACCACUUCUUGCCGAAACUCUUCAAAUGUAUUUACCUAGAUUGAAUGAAAUAGAAAUGGAAAAAUUAAAAGUAUAUUUAAAGUGGUCGUCUUCUAAAAGAAAAAAAUUGAAAUUAUCAGAAUGUUUAAAUUUUAAACACAAAUUUAAUGAUGUUGACAAUGAAAAAUCAUUUGAAUUGUUUUAUCAAAAUUAUCUAGAGCAGAAAAAAUCUCAGACUUUGCAAGAUGAAAGUAACAAUGUUAUGCUUAGUCAUACUCAACAAGAAGCAGAAAAACUAAAACAAGAACAAAUACGUAUUGAAGAAGAAAUUGAGCGUCUUCGCAUGUCCGAAGAAACACAAUUUUUUUUAAGAGAAAUACCUAAUAAGCCACCACCCCCUUACAAGAGUCCCACUAAAAUUAAAUCAAUUCUUGACAUACCUUACACAUCUGAUGAAGUUCACAAAAUAGUUUUGACAGCUGCUAAUCAAUUAUUCAAUGGUUCUCAAAACUCAUUAUCAAACGACUUCAUUAUAGAUUCAGACUCUGUUUUACCUGCUGAUUAUCAAACAUUGAUUUUUGAUUACUGUAAAGAAAUUGCACUUGAUUUAUUUAUCGAUGAAAUAAAUUUACCUUUAUGGAAAAGAUCUAUUAAAAGAUUGAAAAACUUUAGGGCAAGACCAAAAAAUCCUAAAGAUUUAAGUGAUAUAGUUAUAAAAAAAAUGAAUCAGAUUAUUGACAUAGAUGAGUGUGAAGAAAAAGUAAAUAAAUUUGUAGUAAAACAAAUGCAUGAAGAAGAUAGUAAGUGGACUGAUUUUCAAAUGGAUGAAUUAGAAAUACAAAAUAAUAUAGUUCAAAGUUUGAUGAAAAAAUUGGUUUGUGAUACUAUUGCAAAUACCAGAACUAAUUUUUAUUUAAAAUUUAUUUAAAAAAAGUUUUUUUUAGCUUAAUUAAUACUAUAUAUAAGCUAU